CCCCCGAACCACCCACUAUUAAACGUUUACUGGGAAGCAGCUGGAAGUCCUCCAUCAACCACCUGAUCAGCAAGUGAAGAAAAGACAACUUUGUAGCUGCUUCAUCCACCCUGUUUGUUUCACACAGGGAAAAACUGCUGUACGGAAGUUAAAAUAUGCAGAUGAACUGUAAUUCUUAUCCAAUUACUUCAGUAAUCAAUGGAAUUAUCGAUAGAAUACUUAAUUACUAAAGUUGCAGCCCUAAUUUAAUUUGCUCCUUUAGGACAGCACCACCACAACAUGUGAGAGAGAUGUAUGCUCAAGGCAUGAUUGAAAAGUUCCCAAACCUGCGUGAUCCUUAUUCCAAAAAUGGAUAUUGGCUACUUAGCAUGGAGGCUUAAAACCAUCCAGAGGAAGAGCACCUUAUCAGAGGGGAGAAGAUCAUCAUGUCAGCUGACUGGGUGUGGACCAACAGCCAGAGGAGAUGCUUCAUUUAACCCUGAGGUGACCCUAAGAGAAGAGCCAUAUAAGGAAGCUAAUUCCUUCAUGAAAUACUCUUCUGAUGAGGCCGCCAUCAGGAACAAAAUGAAGAUGAUGUUUGAUUACCGUUGCAAGAUGGUCCUGGACGAAAACAGAUCAUCCAGCGUCUUGACUGAAUUUCCUCGCUUCAGAGAUGUCAGAGGCUUGAUUGAGCAAGACUUCAUUCUGGAAUUUGGAGAAGAUGUAGCUACCAGGUUUUUGGAGAGGUGGCUGACUGUUUUCAAGCAUAAAGUGAUCCAGCAGAGCAAGACUCUCCCUACCUCAACCGACCUUGAAGAAGUGAUCUACUGUGCUGAAGGAGCUUCAAGUGAGGAGGAACUGGAUGAGACCCUUACCUCUGGCUGGGACAGUGAUCUUGCUUCCAUCAUUCUCCUGUUCCACCUGAUUCCUCCUUCCUGUCAGGGUUACAAAAGACGUGGGAAGGUUUCUCCAUCCCAGGAUGAGGAGCACCAUGUGGUCUUCCAGAAGGUUUGUAAUAGUGGAACAAGUGUCCAGGAACAUGCUGAUGCCAUGAACUCCACUACGCAGCCCUACCCACUUGCUGUUGGGACAAAGAGGAGCACCAUUCAUGAGUUCUUCAUUGUUCUGGACAAGCAGGUGCCUCACUCAGCGACCGAGUCCACCAGACUCCAGCAGACAUCUACAAAUAUCCAAAUCAGACGGCCACACUCAGAUGUUUACACACCAUUUCAAGCUACAACAGGAUCUUCUGGUACAAACAGAGAGUGGGCAGUUACAGCUACUGGGAUACAUGGUCUUAUAUGGACUCAAAGUGUCACACAGACCCCCAGCUUACUGCUGAACAGCGGUCACUACGCUCAGAUGGACUGCCGUCACAAUCUGCAUGGCAGUUACUACCACAUGUAUUGGUUUCAGCAGUUACCAGGGCAGGGCUUGAGGCUGAUUGUCCACACGUUGCCUUACAAGCCGCCAGACUUUGGAAAUUUUAGUCAGGACAAAUAUUCUGCCAGCAAGACUGUGAGCGAGAGCGGAUCUUUCACCGUGAAGCAUGUGGAGCCGAGCAACAGCGGCGUGUAUCUCUGUGCUGUCAGCUCACACACUGAUGCAGAUACCUGCCACACUAUACCAAAACCACACAAAGGUGGCUGUGUGGGUAUUAAGGUCCAUCAGACUCCCCCUGCUCUCAUUAAAAAGCCUGGUGACAAAGUGCAGCUAGUCUGCACCCACAAUCUGAGUGAAUACAGAGUGAUCCUCUGGUACCAGCAGGCAGCUGGUCAGACAGAUAUGAAAUACAUUGGACAUGUGAACUACAAGGAUGUCACAAUGGAAGAGUCAUAUAAACAGAACUUCAACAUCAGUGGAGAUCUGAGUACAAGCGUUUCCUCCAAUAAAGAAGUAAAGGUUGUCCAGACUCCGGGGCAGCUGCUGGCAUCACCGAAUGAGGAAGUCAGACUGACCUGCAAACACAAAGACCAAAACUUUAACACAAUUUUGUGGUAUCAGCGCUCAAAAGGAGACACUGCUCUGAAGCUGAUCGGCUUCAUGUAUUACCAGUCUUUAACUAUUGAACCAUCGUUUGUCGGGCAGUUUAACAUCAGUGGGAAUGGAGAGAGCACAGCGGAGCUUCACAUCGGGAGACCGAGACACCCCGAACACAGCGCUGAAUACUUUGCUGCCGCAAGAUAG